AUGUCAGAACCGGCUCCGAAGGCUGCUAUGCCUGCAGAUCUCGCCAUUCUGCAACAGGAGCUGGUCAUCUCGCAGAGUACAACCUCACAGAAGUGCAUGGCUAGCGGAGCGCUAGCAGCCCUCGCUGAGAAAGUCUACGAGUCUGCUUGCGGUGCAGAUGAGAUGGAGUGUUCGACAGAGGGAUCCGUCGAUCCGGCGACGUCUACGGCCAUAGAAUGCAGGAUUUGUUUGCAGCGGGGCCAGGGCAGCCAGCGCUUCGGCGUGGCAUGCGCCAAUCUAGCAGCAGCCUAUGCUUCCAGCUGUUUCGUCGUGAUGAGAAUCCUGGAAGGGGGACAGGUGCAGGCUUGGAACGACAGGUGCCAUGCAUGUGAAGAGCCAUGGCGGCGGAUUCACGUCGCGAGUGCAAUUCUCUCUGUGAACGGCAUUUGCGGGGACAUCAAGCGAAUGCAGCAGGAGCUGGAAACCUCAACCACAGUUAAUCUCACAUUCUGCAAUCCACCCAGCGUGCUUUGUCUGUACUCCGUUCUCCGAGCCGCGUCAACGGGAACGGAGCUCCCCUCGCCGCACCUUUUCUGGCGGGAGAAUGCCAAGAGGCUUCUCACCGAGCAUGGGAUGCAGAUGCAGAUGCGAGCCAGAAGUUUGCAAUUGAAUGUGAGCAAAGCCGCCACCCUCUCCGUCAUUGUCACCACAAGCCCAGUUCCCUCCAACCCUAGCACUGAGAUGCUUGACCGUGUCCUGGCCAGCAUGCAGCUGGUGCCAGGACUGGGUUCAGCACCGAAGAUCAUCGUCUGUGACGGCUGCAAGUGCGUGCCACCAGGGUACAAAACAAAUCACAAAGCCGGAAAGGUAACGAUCGAAGAAGCGCAGCGCUACCAUCAGUUCAUCGACCGACUGCGCGAAAAAUCCUCAGAAUGCAGCUGCGAGGACGCCUUCUUUGGCAGCCAAGUCCUGUCCCUUAGCGAUCAUCAUGGAUUCGGCUUUGCCGUGAAAGCUGCUCUGGAUCACAUCACGGCAGACUACGUGCUGGUCGUUCAACAUGACCAAGAGUUCAUCGCCGGUUUUGAUUUGCAAGCCCUGCUCGAGACGAUGUCUCUGCAUCCUGGAGUUGUCAAGUACGUCGGCUUGCCAAGUGUCUCAACCUUGAACUAUGACCAUGCGAUGCGAUCGAAAUACGGCCUUGCUCUACAUUGCUCUUCGGAAUUUGGCGUACCACUCACGCCACUGAUCUUCUUCUAUGACAAGCCACACGUCUGCAGCACAACACACUAUCGCAACACCAUCUUUGGGCCAGGUUCCCCGGUGCAAAAGGGCGAUUUCAUAGAGGAGACUCUGGGUGUGGCCGAGCGUGAGGACAUCCUGCAAAAUGGAAUGGAAGCUCAUGCGAAAUACGGGACGUUCCAGCUGGACUACAGAGAUCGCUCCGACCGCCAAUUGGCUGUAAUUCGGCACGUGAACGGUCGAGCCUUCUUAUCCCCAGAGCAGCGAGUUGCGAAGGGAUGGACAGCCACACUGCGCUUCGUUGUCUAG